GGCGCAUUCAACGUGACCCGCUCGUGGGAUUUGCCGAGGUCCUUGAAUCGUUGCCGGCUUUCAUCCUCGAAAUCACAAGCACGCCGAUAGAUACAACCAACUUGCUGACUUCGAAGGCUGUUCGUCUUGAAUAAUCAUCACAGCCUUCUUACGACCCCCUAACGACCGAAGCUGGAUCGCUCCCCGUCGCGUUACCUCCUCAGCUGUGUGUUCGGUGAGAAAGAAGCAGACACAAUGGUUGCAGACGCCCUCAUCUAUCACCCCACGGUGUCGCACUACCUAAAGUUCGUCGCGACGACGGUCGGCCGCGACAAGCUCCUCCGCACCCUGCAGUACUUCUCGCGCUUCCUAGCAUGGUACCUCUACCGGACAAACCAUCCAGCCUCGACGAUUGCGCCCUUCGAGACGACGAAGAAGCAGUUUGGCGUGACGCGCAAGCUGCUGCGUGUGGGCAAGUUCGUCGAGCACUUCCGUGCGGCGGCGCAGGCGAGCGAUGCGAAGAGCAUGGACCCUGUGCUAAGGUACACGGCUGUGGGGAGGCAGUUGGGAUAUGCGGCGUAUAUGCUGUUUGAUAACGCGACGGUGCUCGACGCAACCAGCAUCCGCAAAUUCUCCGGCGCCGCGCGCCUCCAGCGCAACGCCUACAAGGCCUGGUUCACCGGCCUCACCUGCUCCAUCAUCUCCUCGCUGUACUCUCUGUACCGGCUCCGCGAGCGGGCGGCCGCCAUCAGCGAGAAGGACGGCGAGGGCGCCGUCGAGAAGAAGAAGAUUGAGCGCGAGGCCAACCAUGCGCGCAUCCAGCUCCUGAGCGACCUGUGCGACAUCACUGUUCCCUCUGCCGCGCUGGGCGUGGCCAACUUUGAUGAUGGGUUCGUGGGGUUGGCGGGAACGGUGAGCUCGCUUUUGGGCGUGUAUGGUCAGUGGAAGAAGACGGCUUAGAGGGGGGAUGGAUGGGGAGUGGAAAACGAAGGGGGUGAGGAAGGGGGUGAGGGGAAGGGUGUUGUUGCUCAAAGGCCAGAAACGAAAGUAUAACCUUAUGGCUACAAUGGUCUAGUUUUUCUUUUCUCGGGGACUUUCGAAGCGAUCUUAUUUACCCAGGCUUUGGUGCCCCUUUCUUGUUCGUUGAUAGAUUGGAUACACUGUGUAGUCUCGAGCUUUGGUACCGAUAUUGCAGGCCUGGAUUCCAAUCGUCUUACAAGCAGUCGGAGCAGAUUUCCUAAAUAACCGAAUCCAUCACAGUUGUUAUUUGUUUCUC